AUGCUCACUGUUCCCUCUCUACUGUUAGCCAUCGCUCUUGGAGGAGCUCUCGGAGCUCCUGCCUCACAAUCGGAGUUUGACGAUUUAUCCAUUCGAACAAUCCAAUUCCCUUCAUACCAUGAGGAAAAACUCCCUCUUGCCGUUAUCGAAGGCCUUCAGUUUUCACCUGCCCUGCCUCGACCACUCUCCUCCGAAUCUCUUAACGCUGCACGGGCUUCGUUCGCGAAUAUCUCUUCGGUGACUGGAACGAGUAUCUCCGAUGAAGCUAUCGAAGAGCUCCAAGGCCGGUAUGGAAGGAGACUUUGGGGGCCUGGGUAUAUGGAUAUCACUGCUGAUUCCGAAGUUGAGGCGAGAUCGUUGGAAGAAAGACAAGUCACUGUGCCGAAUUUCCCGACCCCGGAUCCUUCUCAACAUCCCGAGUUGACGCCGAUGUUGGCGAAAGUUACUGCCUCCGAGAUCAAGGGGUAUGUAACGCAGUUGUCGACAGCAUAUGCUACGCGGUAUUACCGCAGUACGAAUGCUCGUGCACCGGCUCUUUGGAUUCAAUCCCAAUUUUCUUCUUGGCUUGGAAGCUCACAAACGAAGUUGGCGGAGAACUCGUUUGAUCAGCCGAAUGUGAUCGGGAGGAUUGAGGCCAAGUCGGGAGAUCCGAAUGCUCCCAUUGUUCUCCUCGGUGCUCAUCUAGAUUCGACGAGUCAGACUCCGUCGACGAAAGCUCCUGGUGCUGAUGAUGAUGCUUCGGGUGUCGCGGUUAUGAUGGCUAUCAUGCGGAUUCUGAAGGGUAGCAACUACCAGGGGACUUAUGCAAUUGAAGCUCAUGCCUAUGCUGGUGAAGAAGGAGGUUUACUUGGUUCUCAAGCGCUUGCCAAGUCGUACAAAGCCGCUGGAAAGAAUAUUCGUGGAAUGUUGGAUUUUGAGAUGGUCGGUUGGCAGCCCAACACUUCGACCAACUCUGGCAAGUCGAGUACUAUUUCCAUUCUUUCCGACCCUGUUACUGCGAUGAGCACCCACAUGACCAGCGUCGUGAAGGCUUAUGUUCCUACUGCUGAGAGGAGAAGCGUUGCAUGCGGUUAUGGCUGCAGUGACCAUUACUCGUUCUACAACCAAGGAUACCCAGUUGUCUGUAUUGCCUCCUACGGUCCUAAUGACAGUAAUUUGAACCCUGGAUACCAUACGACGAAUGACACCGUCGAUAAGCUCAGUUUUGAUAGAUCUGUUGACUUUGUGAAGGCGGGAUUGGCAUGGAUUGUUGAGGUAGCAGCUUAA